UAUAGUCAAACAUAUUUACGUUCAAAACAUAAAUACAUAUGUAUAUGUAUGUAGAUGUUUUGUUUGAAAACAUUUGAAAACGUUAAAAAUUUUGGAAAUGAAAUAUUUUUGUAAAUUUCUUAUAAUAUUAUUAACAAUAAAUUCUUUAACAAAAUUUAUAAACGGAGGGAAGGAUGAGGAUGCUUACGUUGAUGGUGAAAAUUAUGAUGGCGAUGGCGAAGAUGAAGACAAUGAAUAUGAUUAUGGCGAUGUAGAGUACUUCGAUGUUAGUAAGGAGAAUAAAAUGGAAUUACCAGAGGACUGCAUAUCACUGAAAUAUCUAAAACUAAAACGAGUUUGUGACAUUGUGUAUCCGGAAGUUUUGGGGCAAAAUUACGAAGAUAUGCUCGUGGAAGUGAAUGAUCCAUAUGCUGUUUUCCAAUUUCCAUAUGAGGACACAAAUCGCUACUUUUUCACUUUUCAAAAAAGCGCCAUAUUCCAUUGUCAAUAUUUACAAGUGAUCGAUGUACGAAACUAUAAAUGUUUUAAUGAAUCGGAUGCGGCCGAAGAUAUAGUCUUGACUAAGGGUGUCAUACAAUGUAUCAGUCAGCCAUCCGCUGCGAUUGAUUUGCUCUUGGGUACUUGUUCGUCGCAACUGAACGAAAGCGCGGUAUUUUCCGCUUUGCAUUAUUCCAAUCUAGUAACGUUAGAGCGUAGCACAAGUGGCAAAGACAAACUGAGUAUGGAUCGGUUUUUGCAUUUGGGAUUUAUGGCACUGUUGUACAUUUUAUUCACAACUAAAAAUUAAUAAAAAUACUUGUCAAUUACAUGCAUUUGUGUGCAUACUUUUAAGUGGAAA